CGGGGCUUGUAGGUGCGUGGACCCUUGGUUUCUACAACGAGGCGUGGACUGCGUUUACGUUUUCACCUGUGGCUUUAACGUCAGAGACCGGUGCUGUCGUGGAAACUGGUUUGGCUGCCGAAAGAGGCCGCGUAGUUUUGCACGGCCUUGGCCGAGGUCCACGUGGCCAGCUUUCCAGUUCUGAGCCGGGUUUCUGUGCAUCCGUGCCUUUUGAAGACCGACCGGGUAUUUAUAUCGAUGGGUUUAUUUGCUUCUGAAUUUCUGCUUUGCAGACAGCAAUGGCAGCCCAAGUUCUUGUUAUUGGUAGUGGAGGAAGAGAGCACACCCUGGCCUGGAAACUCGCACAGUCGCAUCAUGUCAGUCAAGUGUUAGUUGCCCCUGGAAAUGCAGGCACUGCUUGUUCUGGGAAGAUCUCAAACGCUGCUGUCUCCAUCAAUGAUCACUCUGCCCUUGCUCAGUUCUGCAAAGAUGAAAAGAUUGAAUUGGUGGUUGUUGGACCAGAGGCCCCUCUGGCUGCAGGGAUUGUUGAGGACCUGACCUCUGCAGGAGUACGAUGCUUUGGCCCCACAGCACAGGCAGCUCAGUUAGAGUCCAGUAAAAAGUUUGCCAAAGAGUUUAUGGACCGACAUGGAAUCCCAACCGCACAGUGGCGAGCAUUCACCAAACCUGAAGAUGCCUGCAGCUUCAUUAUGAGUGCCAACUUUCCUGCUUUGGUUGUGAAGGCCAGUGGCCUCGCAGCUGGGAAAGGGGUGAUUGUUGCAAAGGACAAAUCGGAAGCCUGCAGAGCUGUACAGGAGAUCAUGCAAGAGAAGUCUUUCGGAGCUGCUGGGGAAACGGUUGUUGUAGAAGAGUCUCUGGAAGGGGAAGAAGUGUCUUGUCUCUGCUUCACUGACGGGAAGAUGGUGGCCCCAAUGCCCCCAGCACAAGACCAUAAACGACUGCUGGAUGGAGAUCAGGGCCCCAACACAGGGGGAAUGGGAGCCUACUGCCCGACACCUCAGGUUUCUAAAGAUCUGUUACUGAAAAUUAAAAACACUAUUCUUCAGAGAACAGUAGAUGGCAUGCGGCAGGAGGGUGCGCCUUACAUAGGAGUUCUCUAUGCUGGUAUAAUGUUAACCAAAGACGGCCCAAAAGUUUUGGAGUUUAAUUGUCGUUUUGGUGAUCCAGAAUGCCAAGUAAUCCUCCCUCUUCUUAAGAGUGAUCUCUAUGAAGUGAUUCGGUCCACCCUAGAUGGCCUGCUGAGUGAGUCUCUGCCUGUUUGGCUAGAAAACCACAUUGCCCUGACUGUUGUCAUGGCGAGUAAAGGGUACCCCGGAGCCUACACCAAGGGUGUGGAGAUCACAGGGUUUGCUGAGGCCCAAGCUUUAGGGCUACAGGUCUUCCAUGCAGGCACUGCUCUUAAAGAUGGCAAAGUGGUGACCAGCGGGGGCAGAGUCCUCACAGUGACAGCCAUCCAGGAAAAUCUUGUGUUAGCCCUUGACGAAGCCAGGAAGGGACUCGCAGCUAUAAAGUUUGAGGGAGCAGUCUACAGGAAGGACAUCGGCUCCCGCGCUGUGGCCUUCCUCCAGAAGCCCAGGGGCCUGACUUACAAGGAAUCUGGGGUAGACAUUGCAGCCGGAAAUAUGCUGGUUAAGAAAAUUCAGCCUUUAGCAAAAGCCACCUCCAGACCAGGCUGCAGUGUUGACCUUGGAGGCUUUGCUGGUCUUUUCGAUCUGAAAGCAGCUGGUUUCAAGGAUCCUCUUCUGGCCUCUGGCACAGAUGGUGUUGGGACUAAACUGAAGAUCGCCCAGCUCUGCAAUAAGCAUGGUACCAUUGGUCAAGAUUUGGUCGCGAUGUGUGUAAAUGACAUUCUGGCACAAGGAGCAGAGCCCCUGUUCUUCCUAGAUUACUUUUCCUGUGGAAAACUUGACAUCAGUACAACUGAAGCUGUUGUUGCUGGGAUUGCUGAAGCCUGCAGACAAGCCGGCUGUGCUCUCCUGGGUGGGGAGACCGCGGAGAUGCCAGACAUGUACCCGCCUGGCGAGUAUGACCUCGCUGGCUUUGCUGUUGGUGCGAUGGAGAGAGACCAGAAGCUGCCUCGGCUAGAAAGCAUCGUCGAAGGGGAUGCUGUAAUUGGAGUAGCUUCAUCUGGUCUUCACAGCAACGGCUUUAGCCUCGUGAGGAAAAUUGUGGAGAGAUCCUCGCUCCAGUACUCCUCUCCAGCACCUGUUGGUUGUGGUGAUCAGACUUUAGGGGAUUUACUUCUGACUCCAACCAGGAUCUACAGCCAUUCACUGCUGCCUGUCAUACGCUCUGGGCGUGUCAAAGCUUUGGCUCACAUUACUGGAGGCGGGCUGCUGGAGAACAUCCCCAGAGUCCUCCCCCAGGAGCUUGGAGUAGAUGUAGAUGCCUGCACCUGGAGAGUCCCCAAGGUCUUCUCAUGGCUACAGCAGGAAGGACAGCUCUCCGAAGAAGAAAUGGCCAGGACAUUCAACUGUGGAAUCGGAGCUGCCCUGGUGGUGUCAAGGGACCAGACAGAGCAGAUUCUGCGGGACAUUCGGCAGCACCGGGAAGAGGCCUGGGUGAUAGGUAGUGUCAUCAUGUGUCCUGAAGGUUCUCCUCGUGUCAGAGUCAAGAAUCUGAUUGAAACCAUGCAAAUAAAUGGGUCAAUGGUGGCAAAUGGCUUCCCAAAAAGUAACUUCCCUGCCCAGCAAAAGAAAGCAAGAGUGGCUGUCUUAAUAUCUGGAACAGGAUCGAACCUCCAGGCGCUCAUAGACAGCACUCGGGGUCCAGGGAGCUGCUCACAUAUUGCUGUUGUCAUCUCCAACAAGGCUGCUGUCGCUGGCUUAGACAAAGCAGAAAGAGCUGGAAUUCCCACCAGGGUAAUCAAUCACAAAUUAUAUAAAAAUCGUGCUGAUUUUGACAAUGCAGUUGACCACGUCCUGGAAGAGUACUCUGUAGACAUAGUCUGUCUUGCAGGAUUCAUGAGAAUUCUCUCUGGUCCUUUUGUCAGAAAAUGGGAUGGGAAAAUGCUCAACGUCCACCCAUCCUUGCUCCCUUCUUUUAAGGGCUCAGAUGCACAUGAGCAAGUCCUGAAAGCUGGGGUCACAGUUACCGGGUGUACCGUACACUUUGUGACUGAAGAUGUAGAUGCUGGACAAAUCAUCCUCCAAGAAGCUGUCCCCGUGAAGAGGGGGGACACUGUUGCAACUUUGUCAGAGAGAGUCAAAGUUGCAGAGCACAAGAUCUUUCCCACAGCCCUCCAGCUGGUGGCCAGUGGGGCUGUGCAGCUUGGAGAAGAUGGCAAGGUCCACUGGGCCAGAGAGCAGUGACGCCGCCUGACUAGGGAGUGGACCCAGUGCUGAGAGGAGUGUGGCUGUUUGCUUGAUGCCUUUUCAUCGUGGCCCUGACUCAAACUAAAAUACCUGCCAGAAAAAGACUUUAGUGCUUACCCAUUGCCAUUUUUUAAUAAACAGAUUGACUAAAGCAAA